UGUUAUCAUUGUGAGAUAAGGAAGUGUGAAUGGAAAGACAAUGUUUACUUUAAUUAAAGCUCCUUUGAUUGCACUAUUUCUGGUAAAUUAUGCAUAUUGUCUAUGUCCAAAUGGUUACCUGAAACAUGACGAGUCUUGUUACAAAAUGAUAAGAACAUUUGCGACAUGGGCUGAAGCAACCAUAUAUUGCCGAGCAAUGGGAUCAGAACUGGCGAAUUUAGAGACAGCGGUAGAGGAUCAUUUCGUACAUGGAAUGUUACAAAACCUUGGAGGUAGUUAUGAUCCGCCGAAGUUUUGGCUUGGUGGAAACGAUAUAGUAACUGAGAGUGAAUGGAUGUGGGCUAAAACUCAUACCAAAUUUACCUACACAAACUGGGCACCAGGUCAACCUGACAAGGGACAAGGAGAAAAUUGCUUAGAACUUUCCAAGAAUGUGGGUUGGAACUGGAAUGAUGAAACCUGUGAACACAGAAAAUAUUUUAUCUGUGAAAGACCAUCUGAAGAAAUAGACGGUGGUGAAAUCAUUGGAUAAAUGACAAAUUACAUCAAAUAACAAAUACAUCCUAAAUAAAUUUUCAGAACUGUGAACAGUUAUAUAA